AUGAGCGGAUCUCGAAAGAGCGAGAUCGUGAACGUGUACCUGCCCAUGAUCGAUGGACUUAUAGUCCAAGCCUGCACCUUCGCCGACGACUUUCCUCCGCCCACUGCCGGGAUCCCGCCUUUCUACAAGCUUCAUUUUGGCCUGGAGAAAGUACACUCGAUAUCAAACUGGAAGGACGCCUUGGAUGCCAUCAUAUCACUGUUGCGAUGUGUUUUGAGAGUCACCUCAGAUCCAGUAUUCUAUACCGUGGGCAAAGCAGAAGUUGCUGGAGCACUUGACCGCUUUGCUGUAAAGCUGGUAGAGCUACAAGUCACAGGAAGUCCACCGUCCGAUGGCAUGACUGAGGAAGAGGAGUACUCGCAUCUUCGUCUGCAUCAUCGCGUGGCAACCAUUAUGCUGCACACCCUUGCCGAGGAGGACGCGACAGUCCAUGACAGAUAUAUUCCCGACUUCCUGCUCGUUUUGGAGCGGUGUGAGCACAUCAUCGACAGACGGGCUUCUGUCCCGGAAGAAGACCUUCCCAACAUCAGAGGACCAACGCUGGGCAUCCUGCCUCCGUUGUUCUUCGUGGCCACGAAAUGUCGCAACCAUACCAUCCGCCACCGGGCAUUGAAGCUGUUACAUGGAACCUUACUCAAUGAGCGCGAGUGGACUAGUUGCAUGGCAACGAUGAUGGCCAAGUUCGUCGUUGUACAAGAGGAAAAGUUGAAUGGUAUCAUGCCCGGCGAUGAACCCGACCUGGUCAAGGUGCGACUUCGACUGCAUGAUAUUGACUUCUCGAGCAGCAAGCAUACGAUGCAUCUGGGAUACUUCCUUCAUGUCGACGGGAAACCUCGCGAGUAUUGCUGUGUCACACUUCCCUAUAUGUCACACCCUUCCGUGCAGAAUAACGGUGUCAAUACUUUGAUGUCUAGAAAAACUCUGAGGGCGUGUGGUUACAGCAGCAUCAUCCUAUUUGCCCCGCCCAUCGAUUGUCAUUGUGUUGACCACGAUGAGCCGGGCCUUUGUCGCAUAGAAGAGAUCGCUUGA